GAUGUAAAGUAGACUCAAUUCUUUGUUUUUAUAGUAUCAGAGCAAAGGAGCUCUAGAUUUUAAAUUUUUCCAAGUCUCAUCUCUCUGGAACCCCAUUUCUCUUCUUUAUGAGAUAGAAACACAGAGCAAGUCUUGGAGAAGAUACAACAGAAGUCAUGAAUCAGAGUCAUGAUCCUCCUCAUCAAAACAAGCUGAAACCUAAGCCGAAGGCCGUGAUCGUAGGAGGGAGCAUAGCAGGUGUGUCAUGCGCGCAUGCGCUCAUUCUGGCGGGUUGGGACGUUGUGGUCAUAGAGAAAUCGCGCAGGCCUCCGAAAGGAAACCCCACAGGCGCAGGACUUGCGUUGGAUCCGCUCUCUCAGGAGCUCAUCGGGUCCUGGACUGGACACCCUGAACUCCUCCAUGACAUCACCUCCCCUGCCGCCAUUGAUCUUAACCAAGCAAUCAAUGACGAGAAAUCCAAGAAGAUACUAGCAAGAGAUGAGAAUUUCAAUCAUAGAGCAGCACAUUGGUCCAGUCUGCAUCACCACCUGUUCUCUGCAUUGCCGCCAGAAAUACUCCUCUGGGGCCAUCUUUUCCUCUCUUUCUCUGUUUCCAAUGAUAAGCAAUCGGUCAAAAUCAGGGCCCAAGUUCUCAACACCGAAGAAACUGCGGAAGUAGAUGGAGAUUUGCCCGUCGCUGCAGAUGGAUGCAACUCUCUGAUCCGCAAGCACUAUUUUCCCGACGUCAAACUAAGGUAUUCAGGCUAUUGCGGCUGGAGAGGAGUUCUUGAUUUUUCGGGGAUUGAAGAUUCUGAAACCAUCAAGAACGUUAUGGAGGCAUAUCCGGAGCUUGGAAAAUGCUUGUACAUCGACUUGACGCCCAGAAAUCAUACCGUUUUUUAUGAGAUCCCAAACAAAAGGCUGAACUGGACAUGGUGUUUAAACCAACCUGAGCCUCACUUGAAGGGGAAUUCGGUUACUAUGGAAGUAAGUGAUGAAAUGAUUCAGAAGAUGUACCAAGAUGCAGAGAAAAUUUGGCAUCCAACUUUGGUUCAGGUCAUGAAAGAAACUAAAGAACCUUUUGUCAAUGCCAUUUACGACUGUGAUCCCCUAGAACAGAUAGUUUGGGACAAUGUAGUACUUGUCGGCGACGCGGCACACCCCACAACACCACACAGCUCAAGGAGCACGAACAUGUCAAUUCUGGAUGCGGCAGUCCUAGGUCGGUGCUUGGAGAAGUGGGGGUCGGAAAAUCUAACGGCUGCUCUUGAAGAAUACCAAUACAUUAGGUUACCCGUUGCAUCCAAGCAAGUCUUGCAUGCCCGGCGAGUCGGAAGGAUAAAACAAGGCCUUGAGCUUCCUGACUGCAGAUCUUUCAAUCCUAACACAGCCAAUUGGGAGGAAUGCAAGAUGCUUCUACAGAGAGCCGUGCCCUUCUUCGGACAUAACCCUUUGCUCUAAUAGAGCUGAUCAAGCAACCUUUUCUCGGUCGGCAAAUGCUGAUCAUCUUGUGUUUGUUGCCAUUCUGGGCAUGUCAAUGUCGAUUUCAGACACGUUACAGGUUAUUUCUAGCUCUAGCUGGAUAAAGCAAGAGAUGCAUCUUCUUAAGUAAUUCCACUUAAGCCAGUAUCAUUACCAAUGAUAAUGACAUUCACCUUAGAUUUGUGUUAAGAGGGUUAAAAAUCAUUUCAAUUACUGAAGCACUUAUAUUAGGCCAACUGAUGCAUGUAAUUUACCUAUUUCUUGUUACAGCAGUAAUAGUCCUUGUAUAGCAACAGAAAACUUGUUC